ACCAAAGUCAUACUUCACAUUCCACUUAUACUGUCAAACCUCUGAGAAAUAUUACGGAAAACAACAACGCGCCAAAUUUUAACAAAGUUACUAAACUGAGCACCCCUUCUUUCUGGGUUAUUAAAAAAUAAAAAAACAAGGUGACUGGCAGAAUUAAAAAGUUCUUACCUGGACCCGGAGCCCCCAGACCUCGACGACACCCUCUCCAACUGGCAGAUAGGAGGCUUCGGGACGACCGGGGAGAGGAGCCAACGUGAGGCUGGGUUUUGGACCUCGGUAUCCCGGAGAUCUCCAGACACUUUGACAUUGGGGCUCAGGGUUGGGCCCAGGGGGAGCCGCCACCAUUGCGUCCAACGAGUGGAGUGCCAACGGAAGCCCAGAAGAUGGGCUGGACGGGGACAACGAGGACAAGGCCAUGGACGGGGACGCAGAGGGGGUUUGGAGCCCAGAUAUCGAGCAGAGCUUCCAGGAGGCCCUCGCCAUCUACCCUCCAUGCGGUAGGAGGAAAAUCAUCCUGUCCGACGAGGGAAAGAUGUACGGUCGCAAUGAACUGAUUGCAAGAUAUAUUAAGCUGAGGACGGGCAAAACCCGCACAAGAAAGCAGGUGUCUAGUCACAUACAGGUGUUAGCACGGAAGAAAGUGCGUGAAUACCAGGCGGGCAUAAAGGUUUCUAGCCACUUGCAGGUUCUCGCCCGGAGAAAAUCUCGCGAGAUCCAGUCAAAGCUAAAGGCAAUGAAUUUGGAUCAGGCAUCCAAAGACAAAGCUCUACAGAACAUGGCAGCGCUGUCGUCUGCACAGAUCGUCUCCCCAAGUAUGAUAAAGAAUCAUCUUCCGCCAAUGUCUCCAGCUCCGUAUCAGCCACCCAGAUUCUGGCCUGGUCCAAUCUCUGUGCAGCCUGGACCAUCUCAGGAGAUGGUUGUAGAUCUCAACCCGGGAAGGACUCCUGGGCUCAGCCGCACCAGCCAUGUCAUAAAACCUUUUGUACAGCCCCCAUACCAAAGCCUUCAAGGCCCCGUACAACCACCUAUACCAGCUUAUGAGCCUUUAGCGCCACCCCCAGCACCAACAGCCACUGCGGUUCCAGUGUGGCAGGAUCGGACGAUUGCUUCCUCCAAGCUGCGGAUGUUGGAGUACUCGGCCUUCAUGGAGGUCCAGAGAGAUCCCGACAACUACAGCAAACACUUGUUUGUCCACAUUGGACAGACUAAUCCCUCAUACAGUGAUCCACUCCUUGAAGCUGUGGACAUCCGGCAGAUUUACGACAAAUUCCCUGAGAAGAAAGGAGGCCUGAAAGAGCUUUAUGAGAAAGGCCCCCAGAAUGCUUUCUUCUUAGUAAAAUUCUGGGCUGACCUGAAUAGCAGCGGGAUGCCAGAUGGACCCGGGUCAUUCUACGGUGUCAGCAGCCAGUACAGCAGCGCCGAGAACAUGACCAUCACUGUUUCAACCAAGGUCUGCUCCUUUGGCAAGCAGGUUGUCGAGAAAGUUGAGACAGAGUACGCCCGGCUGGAAGGAGGAAAGUGCGUUUACAGGAUCCACCGCUCACCGAUGUGCGAGUACAUGAUCAACUUUAUCCACAAGCUCAAACACCUGCCUGAAAAAUACAUGAUGAACAGUGUUCUGGAAAACUUCACAAUUCUACAGGUGGUGACAAAUCGUGACACUCAGGAGACCUUGCUUUGUAUAGCCUUCGUGUUCGAGGUUUCCAAUAGUGAGCACGGAGCUCAAUAUCACGUCUACAGACUUGUUAAAGACUAACAGCUUACCAGGGAGGUUCUGGGAAAUGACACAAUCUCUCCUUAACAACCUCAACCAUCCAGGAAGACUACAAGGAAAUAUUCAAACAACCGAGCGACCAUGGACACAUUUUAAGCUUUAAAGAACGAACUCGACAAAACUAAGAACGUGUGGCAACAUCCUUAAGAAACCGAAGAACACUUUUCUAUGAUUGAGAUGAAGAGGUUACUUUUGCCAAUGUCACUUGAGGGAGCUUGAAAAGUUUUAUUUUGAGGGGUUAAGAAUGUGAUAAAGAGAAUCUUACAGUAAAACCAAAGAAACAUGCUCUGAGCUGUAAGAGAAACGAGUGUUAGAAAGUAGUGAGUGUUAGAGCACAGAAGGGGCGGGGAAACUGGAUUUUUUUUAGGGAUAAGUGCCUCUUCACCAAAGUUUCUAUUAUCACAUGACAUUUUGGAUUGCCUUUUCUUUUUACUACCUCUUGUUUUUAAAUGGAAAAGAAUUGCAAAAACAUUGAAAAGAAAGUUUGAAUCAACAUUUUUUGAUGCAGUUUUUGUCUUCGGGCACACAGAAGAAUGGGAUAAGAAAAAAAUCAUGUAGCCUGUUAUACAAAAAGUUUGUUUUUAAGUGUAAAAAGGGGGAUAAUUUGUUGUGUUGCCAUGUUUUUAAGUUUUCACACACAGACAUAUUUUGUUACACAAAAAAAUCAGGUCUUACAUGCAUCUACAGUACCUGUAAUAGUUUCUCACACUAAGGAUGCUUUGUAAAAUAGCUGUCUUGACAUGAAGCCAGGCCUCUGCCUUCUUUACCAGACUCCCUAUAUCUCUCUCUGUUAGAAGACGUGUGCUUGGAUGCACUUAAAAUAUCAAGACGGAGGUUCGCCACAACAGCAGUGCUUAUUUUCUGCCUUGACAUAUGUAGCGUAUUUUAAUAAAAAACGUUUUUUUUUUCUUUUACUGUGAGUCAGUGGACACUAAAUGGAAUAUGUGUUACAUAGGAUUUUGUUUCCUUUUUUGUUUGAGGAGGAGGCUCUUUUGUUCAUAUUUUGAUAGCGCAAACUAGUUACAGGGGUGAGAAGGGGCAAGAAGGUAAUCACUGUUUCUUUUGUUUAAAAAAGAGAUUAUAUGCUGUGAAGUCGGCUCGUUUUGCUUCACUCCUCUUCAUUGAAUGUGUAGAGAGAAGUUGCAUUCAUUGAUAAAAGUUCAUUUUUAUAUUUAAGACAGAUUUGUUCAGGCAUAUAACGAUUUUUUUCAGAGAGCUGUAAAGAAAAGUUGUCCUAAGGGGGGGGGGGGGUAUCGUCUCUGUGGAGCAUCAGGUGUUAUUUAUGGGUUGGAAAUACCAUAGCGGGAGGGCAGGAUGGGAUUCUGGAAAUGUGUUGUUAAUUUUCCAUUGUUACAACGAUCACAGGACACAUAUAGCGACGGGAUUACCUGUCAGCCCUUGGGACAUGCUAGACAAGUGUCUAGGCUAUGUGGUUCACUGGACAACUUUGCUAUGAAAGUGCAAAUAUAUUAUGUAUUGGUGGUAUAACUGCACCUGGCUUUGAAUGUCCUAUUUUGCAAGCUAGAUGCAAUAACACUCCUUUUUUUGUAAGUCUCCCAGUUUAUCUUUUUAUACAGACUUUAUCUGCCCAUAUUAAGAUUAAUGUUUUGAUUCUGUUGUCUUUUGACUUUCAGUGUUUGCCAUAUGCUUCACUGAAAAUAAUGUGUGAUUGUGUUGAUAAUUAAUAAUGAGAUAUCUAAUGCAUCAUAUUCUGAAUGGUGUGGGACGCUUUAUUUUAUUUUUUCUGUUUUUUUUUUUUUGUCUUGGUUGUUUACUAUCGUCCUUGUUACCAUUGUGCAUUGCAAUUUUAUACUUAAAAGUAGAGGUUGGACUAUGUAAUCAACAAAUGUAUCUAACAGUACAAGCCGCAUGGUGCCUUUGGGGCAAGUUUCCCCAGUAAAUUCAUUAAACGUGUUUAUUGUG